AUGUUUGCGACGUUGGGGACACCAGCUGAACAUCAGCGUAAAACCUACGAGUUCACUCCUAUAGGUCAUAUACAGGAGAAGGAGAACAUGGAUGCGCAGAAGUUGCGUCCAAUGAAAAGAUCUACUAAUGAAGAAGAUGAAGAUAUUAGCUUUGACGGCACUAAUUUUAAAAAAUCACGCGUGAUUGAUGAUACAAUGACCUCACAGAGAUUGUUUAAUGAUACGUCUUUUGAUGACACGCUUCCUGAGCAAACAAUCAAUGCUAUGACUAGCAUCAAAAAGAAUUUAGUACCCGAGCUGCUUGGUAGCGAUACUAGGGAGAAGGCCGAUUUGGCGUCCAAUCCGUUAAAAGAACAGCAAAAUGCUUUGCAGAAGCUUAAUAUGGAGAAUUAUAGCUUGAGGGUUAAAUGUAACAGUUUGCUAAAGUUUUUGAAUAAUGUGACUGAUGACGGGCAAUUGAGGAAGAGUCUUGAAAUUCUUGAUGAGUUGCAAGAAUGGAAGACAAAGCAUCAUGAGUUGCUCGAGAGAUUUAAGGAUUUGCAAGUCAGAUUUGAUGGAUUAGAGCAAAAGGAUACUGAGAAUGCUAAAGUGGCUGAGCCAGUUGACCAUUCUUAUUGUGAUUCGAUGCGCAAAGAGUUGGAGGCUGCAUUAGCGGAUACUAACCAGCAGAUCCUUACUCUAACUGAGACGAUUAAGAAUUUGGAAGCGAAAUUAAAAGCAACCAGCAAAGACUAUGAAGCAAGAGAAGAGCAGUACAAGAUGAAUAUUGAUGUUUUAAAGAGCGAAAUAAAUCAGUUGAACAGCUCAUUUAUAUCAAAACAAGAAGCCUUGGCACAGGCCGAAGAGAAAGUUAAUCGUUUACGUAACCAAUUGCAGGAAUUUGAUCAUAAUAGUGGCAGCCUCUUGGAGUUAGAAAAAAAGAUUGAUGAGAAAAACCAAGGCAUUAGAAACUUGGAAUCGAAAUUACAAGAGCUAAACCACCAACGACAGAAUUUAGAAAGGCAGCUGCAAACCUCUGAUGGGGUGGUCAAUUCCCUCAAAAAUGAGUAUGAGAAAUACAAGAAUGAUACGGAAAACAAAUUGAAUUCUUACCAGAAAUCUGCAUCUGCUGAUGAGAACAAGCUAAGAGAAAAGAUGGAGAUUUUGGAAAAGGAUAAUAGCAAACUAAGCAAAAUGAAAGAUUCUCUAGAACAAAACAACAGAGAGUUUGAUGUUAAAUUAAAGAAAGCCGAAAAACAGAUUCAGACACUAGAGCGGGAAAGGGAGCGUAUACUAAGUGAGCAGCAAGAUGCUAUUCACGAUCUAAGGUUGGAACAUCAGAAGCGUGUUCAAUCUCUCCAUAAAGAAGUAAGUAACUUACGUGAGAUGAACAGCAAAUUGGAAGGGGACAACCAAAGUUAUAAAAAACGUUUCGAACAACUCGUAAAACCAUCACCUCACAGAAAAAGUACCGAAGAUGAACUGAUUAGAAAGAACAGAGAAAUCGGAACACUAAAAGCUACACUAAGGGAUUUGGAAGAUAAGAUUAAAUACGUCGAGCAUGAGCUUGAAUCUGUGCACUCUAAAUACCGGAGAGAAAAAGCUCUUCUUGAGGCAAAACUAGCCCAAGCAGACAGGGAAAAACCACUUGAAAGUAAUCUAUUAGAAAAGGAGAUCUCAAUUUUAAAACUUGAACUUAAUUCUAUCCAAGAUACCAAGGAAAGGGAAAUUGCUUUAUGGGAAAACAAGUACGAAUCAUUGAAACAGACUUAUGAAAAUAUGUUAAAGCAGGAUAGGAACAACGACUUUAAUAAUAUCUUGGAACAGAGGCGGGAAGAAUUGAAAUCAUUGAUGAGGCGCUAUAAUGACUUAACAACAGAAAACCUCUCUUUGACUAAGGAACUUAACAAGCAAAAGUCUCACAAGGAAUCUUACAAAGAAGACUUGAAAAAAGUCCAGUCACGGCUAGACUUCAUUACAAAAGAGUUUGUUAAAAUCAAAGAAGCUAACCCUGAUGGAAAAGAAUUGGAUGGUGUUAAUAGUAAAUGGACUGAAAAAUAUCAGAGUAUGAAGACUAAAAUGCUUAACGAAUUGAAGUCCUUACAAGACGAAAAUUUGGAAUUGGAAAGAAAAUUCUUGAACCUCCAGAAGCAGCAGCAACAACCAAUUGGCUCAACUCCAAUGUUCCAGCACGUGAAUGACUCUAACCUUCAAGAUAAGCUUGAUUAUUACAGGCUAAAAUAUCAUGAAGAAGUUAGAAGAAACAAUGACUUUAAGGUUAUAAAUGAGUAUCUAAACCGUGUCUUAAAAGCGAGUUCACACCAUGUAAAGCUUGAUAUCAUUAAGCUAGAAAACGAGGUAUCCCCAUUAAACUCAAGCGUGACAUAUCUAAACGAUCAGCCUUAUGAGUACGAAAACCCAUACUAUACGAAAGGGGGUAGAUCCCUUAAGUUUAAGACUGUAGCUUUGAUGGUACUUUCCUGCGUUAGAAUGCACCAAGCAGCCUUAAAACGCAGAUGGGAUCAGCAAAGAACACACUACUUACAAAGGAAGAUUACAUUUGGGGAAGAUAGAAUUACUUGGUAG